AUGGGGUUAUUGUACCCUCCCCAGAAUAUAAACGGGGGUUCAAAAAACUCAGACCACAACCCCACAAUGGCAGCCUGUAGAUCACCUUCUUCGUUCACCCAGACUAUUGCAGACUCCUCCGACUUAGAGAAAGCAAACGCACACCCCUGGAACGCUCCAAAGUAUCUGAAGACUAAAAAAGAGAACCAAAAUUUCGAAGUCUAUCAACAAGCCAUGUUAAUAGCUUUGAUCAAUUCGCAAGCUUCCGUCGUAUUGGAGCGCCCCAUGAAAUACUCGAAGAUUAAUAUCACAUCGCCUCGCAUUUCUAAAAUCAUCUUCUCUCCAACUGACGAAAUCAAUGUCUCCCAAUUGGUCGACAAACACUGCAAAUCAGUCUUUGCCAAAGAGAUCAGCGAAGGGAUUCCCGAGUCGACUGCGCUCAGAAGACUUGAAAAGAAUCGCAAAGUCUUUGUCCAGAAUUUACUCAUCGACAUCACUCGUGAACUCGACUUCGAGAUAUCAAGUGUGAUGGCAAGAAAAAGUGGCAAGGCGAUGCAAGUCGAGAGAAUAUCGAUGAUAUACUUCUCGGGGAAUUGUUUAUAUAACAAGAAUGAAAUCGUUAAAAUGGGAAAUUUACUGAACCAAUCUUUCAUAGAAAGAACUAAAUGCGAAAAACCUAUUGAAUUACAACCAAAUGACCAACUCAUCGCUCAAGUUUUACUCAAUGCCACAGAAACCGCUUAA